ACAAUGAAAAAGUCAAGAAAAGUGAGUUCAUUGCAGCAUUUUACUUGUACAUAAUGCAGUAGUAGAUUCAGGUUUUUAUGUAAGUGUGGGCCCCACUCAUCCAGUCCCUAAAAUAAGAGGGGGGCCUACCCUGGGUUCCAGAAGUUUUUUUCCGGUCUCGGUAACUUUAUCAAACCAUGAACACGGUUUAUUUUAUACUAGGUUUUUCGAGAACAGACCUCUGGAGCCAGGGUAAGGAGGACCUAGCCUCAAAAAUAAUUCUUCUUUGCCCUGUGGGCCUCAGUUCGGCCCAACAAUCAGGUGGGGGUGAUAGCCUGCGUAGGCCUUACGUAGAGGUUAGAGGAGAUGGGAUUUUAGAUGGGGGAGGGGUGAGGGGGGAAGAGUUCCUAUUGCAAGGAGAGCAAAAUUGUGGACACCUGUCAAGCUUGUCGGGACGCGCUAUCGCACUCGGUUCCGAGCCUCCUCUGGUAGCUCGAAAGCGCGAACUGGCCUGGGUGCAAAGCUGCUCCUCAGUAAAGAAAAAGACAAAGGCGGCUCUAGGGCGGUUUUGACGAGGUUAGGUGACUUUCUUUUUUUUCUCUCUAGAUUCGCAUACAACUGUGAAUAAUUCAGAAGUAUCAAGAGUAGUACAUAGUCAUGACCUAUUGAACUUGGAUAAUGUACGUGAGUUUUUGCUUUAUUUGCCUGUUUAAUUGCUUAACUGAUGUAUUGAAAGAAAGGAAAUUUGAUUGCGAAAAUUUCUUAAGUCAAAAACUUUUGAACUUCUUUUGAAGAGAAAGAGUUUUUAUCGUUUACAUAUUAUUACGUUGCUACGCGUGACUCUUUCAGACCUAUCAAAGCGAGACCUGCUGGCCUCUUCAUCAAAAGUGAGUUUAACUUGCAUGUAAAUGAAAACUUACUUUCAUAUGAAAGGAUGAGCAGAAGGACUACCUCGCUUUGAACAAAAGGCUAACGGUAAUUCAAAAAUGGCCUGUUACAGCAUUUGUUUAGAGAGGUCUUCAAUUCGCCAAAAACCAAAACGAGGGUAAAUACUUUAGCCAAUUGGAAAGGGAAUGAAAAUCUAAUAAACCAAUCAGAACGCGAAAUACUACGUUGCAUUGUAAAGGGCGGGAAAACGCGUUCUAACAAGUUCAGAUUAGUUGUGGCUUACUACGACUUGUGGAGUAAGAUUUGAGCCAAUCACAAAGGGUGGCAGUGCAAAGUCAUCUGCGCCCCUUGAAGGUCCAGCCGUUUGCAGGGCAAAGGCAGAACCUUCAGUUAUCAGUUAUUUGAAGACCCUGAGUAUUGGUCCAGAGCCGGGAAUCGAACCUGCGAGCUCCCGCUCUGCAAUCAAGCGUUGGCGAAACGACUCGUUGGCGAAACGACCGGUUUCCGACUGAGCUUAUCAGUUCUGCUGCGGUUAAACCGUUCUUUUCAAUUAACCAUCAUCUUUCGUCAUUCCAGUUUACUGAUCCUGCAUUACAGCAGUCUGUCCCCGAUGACACUUCAACUUUAUUUUCUGGAAUGAGUGUGCACGCGGUGAGACUAUUUUCUUCUCUUUUUUGUUUUUCGAAUGGGGAAGGUAAAUCACUGAGGCGAGUCAUAAAUAAAUACACACUGUAAAUAAAUAAAUAAAUGUUGGUUUAUAUGGUGACGUUAGUGAUUUGGGCUACAAAACAUUGUAAAAAGUUAUUUAUUUAAGCAAUGUUUGAUUAUUUGAGCCUGUUGGCUAGUAGGUUAAGCGUGUGGUUGUUUACUAGCGUUCGACAAGAGAACAUUUAACCAAAUUAAAUUCACUUUCACAGGCAUAAAAUAAAGAGAAAAGAAAACGAAGAUUAGCAGAGCAAGUAAAAACACAUGAUUUAGUUCGUUAGUUCUCGAAUGUUCCUUCGGAAGGUAUCCUUUGAUUAGGUUUCGUGAAACAUUUACUAUAUGUACAGCGUUUUGAAGGAGAGGUUGUAUUCUGACUUGUGUACUAUGCAAGGGACCCUCGUUUAGUAUUUGUUACCAGAGGGUCUUUCUCCUUACAUCUUUGUGGAUGGCUUGUAAGACUGCUUUUUCUUAACUACCUAUCUUGAGAGGUUUAGGUAUACCCCUCCCGCUUUUGCUUACUAAAACGUUUUCCUCUCCUUUGCUUGGCAGAAGGAAAACACCUCAAGUACUAAACAGCCUGAAUCUCCCGCUGCUGUUAUUAAAAAUUCUCAGCGUUUAUUGAAGAACGACUUGUUCCAAGUACUUGAUAUUUCCGACGGAAAUGACGAUUCCUCGUUGGUGCGAAGUUCAAGGACAGAUUUAGAUGACUUGUUUUCUGUGAUAAAGGGAGAUAAAGUACCUGGCCCUGUCACGCUUAAUCAAGAGCAUGUCGAAGGUAGCGUGACAGAUAUUUUCGAUCCUUUGUGUUCCACGCCCAAGACUUCAAAAUCUGCAGCUAAAGGCGUCGGAGAACAACGUUAUAACACCAAGUCAAAGAGUGAUUCACAGUCUCUUCAAGUUACAAGUUACGAAAGCAGUUUGAUGUCGUCAAAUGGAAGUACUGUCAAUCCUGGAUUAUCUGGUUUUACAGGUACUUUCUACAGUCCAGUAACUUCUGGGAGUGACACUUUCGAAGAUUUAAGUACGCUGUCACGCAACAAUGUUAUGCAACCUAAUGUCACGCCUAAUAUUACGUUGGCUGGGAAUGCGUUACCACCGGCAAACCGUUACGUUUCGAAUUUUCCUAAUACUUCUCACCCAAUAAUUCACCCGUCUGUUCUAAGUGGUGGUUCCGCAGUACCAUUGAGACUUCCACCACCAAGUAAAAAGGCGGAUUUUUCUUUCGUUGGGAAAUCCGGUAAAGCGGACGCCUUUAGUUUUGUCCAAGAUGAAAUGAAGGCAAGAAAAUAG